UUUUUCAGUUACCCGCUUUGAGUAUUCAUCGUCGGACACAUUUCUUGAAGAAGAAUCCAGUUCGACAAUUUGACUGGCCACGACAAUGACUUGUCAUGGACACUUACCAAUAUCCACGGGUCUAAUCUGACAAACAUGGAGAUACACGCCAGGUUUGGGGAUGAUGGCAACGUGACGACACAUGGAACCUUGCGUAAUUGUUCUCUGAUGAUGGAUUGGUCAAUGUCGGAGGUGAUGGUUAUCGAAAAGGCAGCAAGCCCAAUUCAAAGCCAAGGGAAACUGGAAGUAGAAAUUGGAUCAGUGUCAAUUCAGUAUACGUCACAAGCAGUCAUGAAAGGCGGCUCACUGGUGUUACAAAUAGGUCGAUGUUCGUUGGAAAUAUCCCAACUUAGUGUGAAGUCAAUCGACAGCAACCUAAACCAAUUUGUUGAACUGAUGGCAAGUUCGUUCUCACCAGACUUGAAGAAGUUGUUGAAUGAUUCGGUUUGCAGGAAUCUCACAGAAGUGACUGUUGUUGUGCAAAACAUGAUCGCAUCUUCACACCUGAAACAGAGCUACAGUAAGUUUGGAGCGAAUGUUACGAUAGACGCCUCGUUCCUGAGCAUGCAUAUGAGCAAAGGAGCAUUCCACACUCUUCACAAGGGAGAUGUUUGUUUCAACGGCAAAUGUUUACCGGUAACGGACGCUGAGUUUUCACACGAGCCGCCGUCAGAUGGCAUUACUGUCGACAUUAAAAAAGAGGUUCUAGACAAUGCGAUCAUUCUAUUGAAAGAAACACAACUUCUUGACUUUGAGCUUACGUUCCGAACGAUAAUCGAGAAAAAAAUUACAUGGUUAAAUAUGACCUGCUGGAACACACUUUGCAUUGAAAAUUUCUUUCCGGAUAUCGCUUCGAGAUGGCCAGGGAGGGUCGUUGGUGUGCGCAUGCGUGUUGGAAACAUCAGAUUGUCGAUGUCGAGAGUGUCCAUUGUAGUUCACGUCAAUGGUCGAGUGUAUUUCUCGGCUGACAACGCUACUGAUGAGACAAACAUGUUUUCAGUAGACUGUCGUUUGGAAGUGCCGUUUUUGAUGCAAUUCAGGAAAAAUACACUGUCAUUGAAAGCCGCGGGAAUUGGAGGUAGCUUUGUGAUCGACCAGUCGUUUGUUGGACAAAUUCUUGACAAACAAUUACAGGAAUAUAUCAACGAUACGGUAAUUGAACAGGAGUUAUUACCGAGAAUUCACGAACAGAUCGAAAAACACGUCAUCUCAUACCAUGUGCCUGUUGCGAAAGAUAUUGGUAUUGAUUCUGCCAAGAUUAUCAUUUUUGAUGACAUGAUAAGACUUCAGGCUGACUUGUGCGACCCCUUUGGUAGCUCUUGUGGCGCUUCUUUAACAGACGAGUGGGUGGGGAACAUACAGAUUCCACGCCUUCAAAUAGAUGACGUCAUACCAACAACGCAGGCGCCGAAAAGCACGACAAAAAACCCUACUAGCAGUGGUCAGGUGGCACCGUUUACCCUAGCGCUGUGGAUUAUUUGUUUGUUUUCAAUAUUGAUGUGCAAACGUGUAGAUUGAUGUUUCUGUAAUGCUUCAUAACAACAAACAAAUAACUGUGUAGCAGAUUGUAUAUUUGUCCUAGUCUAUAAAUAUAACAAAUCACGAAGAGAUUUUAUUGUCUCCUACCUGUAAAACCGGAGGGGACUUAUGGUUUGAGCUCUGUCUGUCAGUCUGUCUGUCAGUCCGUCAAACUUUUCUGGAUCCUG